AGUGUGCUCGAGACAACAGUGCUUGUUCUUUCCUCCUGGUCAUACCACGCGCAUCAUGCCUCGAGGAUUUCUGGUGAAGAGGAACCGGAGAUGUUCAGCUUCUUACCGGACACGAAACAAUAACAACAACAACGACCAACCUGUGGAAGCCAGAAACACCAGGGAUGAAUCUGAGGGGAGAAGGCUGGAGGCGCUGAGGGGGAGCGGGGAUGCGUUGCACUUUAACCGGACAGCUGGACUGCAGGACUCCGCCGGGGUCCGGGAGGCAUGGAGCCCUCCUCACAUGGAGUCCGCGCUCGAGGCGGAGGCGGACCGGCGCGCACAGUUACCGGAGACAGAGGAGCAGGUGAGUGAGGUGGACGUUCUGACCCCUGAUGGUGAUUUCUCCUGCUUCUUCACACCUCCUCCUCCUGCGCGCACCUUGACUUUACCUGAGUCCUGCAUCCCCGUGAAACCUGUCGGCACGAGACUCCUGGAACAUCAUGAGGAAGGAGAGACGCGGUCCUUGUUCCCCGGGAGACAUCUAACUCCAUCCCCGGUGCCAGACUUACCGGAGCUGCCGUUCCUCGUGAGCUCCACGCAGACCUCAUCCGUGGAGAGGCUCCUCGCGAGCAGCAGCAGCCGCCACGCGCCGUCCUACAGCCACAGUGAUAAAUAUGACCCAGGUGUGGGACACGUGCACCUGUUCCCCACACUGACACUGGUGAACUCUGAGCACGCGGCGAGGAAACGACUGUUAUUCGAGCAGGACCAGCGCGUGAGCAACAACAGACACACAGUCAAGAAACCAAAGGUGAACCGGAAACUGAACUUUGAGGAUGAGGUCACGACCUCGCCGGUUUUGGGUCUGCGCAUCAAGAAAGAGAGUCCUGAGUUGAGGAAGCAGAGGGAGAAGUCUUCAGCCCUGAACGGGAACCAGCCUCUGGGAGAGUUCAUCUGCCAGCUCUGCAAAGAGGAGUACCUGGACCCGUUCUCCCUCGCGCAGCACAAGUGCUCCCGCAUUGUGCGCGUGGAGUACAGGUGUCCCGAGUGCGACAAAGUCUUCAGCUGUCCCGCAAACCUGGCCUCCCACCGCCGCUGGCACAAACCACGUCCUAGUGUGAACAACCACGCAGAGAGCCCGACCAGCAAGAGCCAGCCCCUUAAAGAGGCCCGGGGUCUGAUCCAGCACGAGAGGCAGCCUGUGGAGAUGGAGGGCAAAGAGAACGAGCUGCUGCGCGUCAACACGAACCAGCACCACGGAUCCAUGGACAGCUCCCGGAUCAGACACGAGCCGACCCUGCUGCUGCUCCACAGCCGGACCCGGGACAGCGACAGCGACAGGGACAGUCUGCCCCCCACUCACUAUGAGAACUCACUCCACUACCCGGUUGAAAACUGUCUGGACCUUCAGCACCAGAUGAGAGCGGCAGACAGCCCCCCCUCCACCCUCCUCCUGGAGCAGCCCCCAUCCCUCCCUCCUCCCCCGGUACCGUUCGUCCAGUCGGUACCGGAGGAGGACGUUUUCGAGUGUCAGUACUGCGGGAAGAAGUUCCGCCGACAAGCUUACCUGAAGAAACACCUGGCUGCGCACGAGAUGGCAGCGCGAGCGUCUCCUCCCCCUUCUUCUUCUUACCGCCAAGCGCGCGACUCAGUCAGCGGCGCACAGGUGUUCCUGUGUCACCUGUGCGGCGCGCGCUUCCCGUCCGUGGAGAUCAGGGACAAGCACCGUCUGUGGCACGCGAUGAGGGACGAGCUGCUCGCGGGAGCUUUGGGAGGAGGACUCAGACCGGAUGUUUUCCACGCGCAGGGUGAAGACAGCGGCGCGAGGGACCGCGAGCAGCAGCAGCAGCAGCAGCAGAUCUUCACGUGCAAACUCUGUCCGGCCACGUUCUUCAGCUCACCGGGGCUCGCGAGACACAUCAACAAAUCUCACCCCACCGAGAACCGGCAGGUGAUGCUGCUGCAGAUGACCGUGCGACCCUGAGACAGACUCACACAGGACCAAGUAUUUAGAGACAUUAAUUCGCACAUCAGUUAUCAGGGGAGCUGACGAAUAUUACUAAUUGUUUUAUUAAGGUUUCCAUUUAUGUAGCAAUGCUUCUGUUUAACUUUGGGCUGACAUCUUCGUAUCAGUGAGAUUAAAAAAGCAAAGGUUAUCACUGUGUGUCACAGGAUAGGGAACAAGUUAUCGAUGGACUGUUAUUCCUUUAAGUUGGAGUUCCUGCCUUUUGUCAGAGGUCAUUACGCAUCGUUAUUUCAUGAUACCAUGACCUAAAAGCAAAUGAAGAGUUAAUUUGCAAAAACAGAUAACUCACUUUUAAAUUUUUUUAAAAAUGUUUCAAAAAACAUAUUUUUUCUAUUACUAGCUCUAGGUAUUAUCAAUCAACUGAAGUUGGGUGGCUUUGACUAAGUCAAAAUGACAUUACUAAUUAGAGGCAUCUUAAAAAUGUAACUUUAUUAAAAAUCUAUAUUAAAAAGAAAUGUUUUUUUGAAAAUGUAUAAAAACGGAGUUAUCUGCUUUUGCAAACGAACUCUUCAAAUAUAAACCAAAUGUUUCUGUUUCCAAAAUAAGAGUUAGCAGUAAAAGAGGAGCUGUCCAUGGUGCUGAACCAAAACAAACGUCCUGCUGAACACGCGCUAAAAAACUACUUCCUCUUUUUAUGGCAUUAAUUCCAAAUCAGUCCCUGAGUUUUCCAAGAGUUGUUCAAUCUUAAAAAUAAUUCUGAUUAUAAUCUAACAACUACAACAAAGGGUAAAAGUUUCUUUUCUUUUGAGAAAAAGGUACAUUUAUGAUGUGAGAUUUUCCAUUAUCAUUAAAAUAAGUAUUUAAAACUCGAGGCAGAUUAUUUUAUUAUGCUCUUAUUCAAAAGGGAUGUUUUCUUUAAAUUUAGUGGAAACAUUAACUGUUCUUGAAGGUUAAACGAGACAUUGUUUUUGUAUUUCUGCAUCUGUAUCAGGACGUGAGGCCAUCUUUCAAUAUGCCUGGUAAAUGUAAGAGUACACAUUAAAACACUGGAAAAAUAUAGGAAGUUUGGGCUUUUUUUUUUUUAGAGGAAAUCAGUGUUACAGUUGAAAUCUUACCUACACUGAAGCAACGGAUAUCAAUAUUCUAUCUACAGACAUUUGAACUCACUGACAACAUAUUUCUAAGUCAUUGUAACAAGGUUUAGUGUUGCAUUGCUCACUGGCAAAAUAUGAAGUGAUUAAGAAAGUGACCUUCCUUACUCUAAGAACUGGAGACAUAAUGUCUAAACUCUAUUUCAAAGACUCUUUCAUGUACAGUAACACAAUAAAAUAAACCACAAUAAGCCUUUUAUAGUAAACCUGUCAUUUAAAAAAAUAUUUUGCUACAAAAAGUGAAAUUUAAUGUGAGUGCAGCUCGUAAGAGAACGUCUUUUGUCUUCAUUGAUUAUAAACUACUGUUGAAAUAUUUACUAAAUGCCUUCAUGAUGCUUCAAAUGUAACCGUGUUUCUGCAAAGCCUGUACAGUCAUAUUUUGAUAUGUUUUGAAGUUGAAUGUGAACUUUAUUGAAAGUUAUUGUCACUUAAAUGUCAAUACAGUAUGCUCACU